AUGGCAGGUUCUGGUUCUGGUUCUGACUCCAGUAAAUCCAGCUGUUGUGUUCGUCCUAAAUACCUCAUCCUCAUCUCAUUGACUGUAGUUGUGGUCAUCGUCUGUUUGGGGGUGGGUCUGGGGGUGAGUCUGUCCAGGACCCCCACACCCCCUCCUCCUCCCCCUCUGGACAGAGGUCCAUGCCAGCCUUCAGAUGACCGGAGCGGGGACUGGAAGGACUUCCGUCUGCCCGCCUACGUUUGGCCAGUCCACUACGACCUGCACCUGGAGCCGGACUUGGACCGGGACACCUACGGGGGUACGGUGGAGGUCCACCUGGAGCUGGGCCGGCCCACCAGGCACCUGUGGAUGCACAUCAGGGACACUUAUGUCAGCGCUAAACCCAGGCUGAAGAAGAAGCUGAAGGACCAACAGGAAGUGGAGCUGGACGUCAAAGGAUGCUUUGAAUACAGACCCAACGAGUACGUGGUGGUGGAGGCGGAGCUUCAGCUGGACGCCACCGCACCUGGAGAGGUCUACGUCCUGAGUCUGGACUUCCAGGGCUGGUUGAACGGAUCUGUGGUGGGCUUCUACAGGGUCAUCUACACCGAACAGGGACAGACCAAGAAAAUCGCUGCCACAGAUCAUGAACCCACAGAUGCUCGGAAGUCCUUCCCCUGCUUCGACGAACCAAAUAAAAAGGCAACAUACAAGAUAUCCAUCACACAUGAUGCAGAGUACGAAGCUCUGUCCAACAUGCCCCGAGAGGGUGCCCCCCAGCUCCUUCCCAGUGGUUCAGUGAAGACCUCCUUUGAACGGUCGGUGUCCAUGAGCACAUAUCUGGUCUGCUUCGCUGUUCAUCAGUUCACCUACGAGGAGAGAACGUCUGCCAGUGGAAUUCCAUUGAGGAUCUACGCCCAGCCCAGUCAAAUACACACUGCAGAGUAUGCAGCUAAAACCACCAAGAUCAUCUUCGAUUACUUUGAGGAAUAUUUCAACAUGAGCUACAGCAUCUCUAAAUUGGACAUGAUCGCCAUCCCAGACUUUGGAACCGGUGCCAUGGAGAACUGGGGCCUGAUCACUUACAGGGAGACCAACCUGCUGUACGACCAGCUCCAGUCCUCCUCCUACAACAAGCAGAGAGUGGCCAGUGUCAUCGCCCACGAGCUGGUCCACCAGUGGUUCGGGAACAUUGUGACCAUGGACUGGUGGGACGACCUGUGGCUGAAUGAAGGCUUCGCCAGUUUUUUUGAGUACGUAGGAGUGGAGAGAGCAGAACCAGACUGGAGCAUGAGGGACAUCAUGUUGAUCAGUGACGUACUUCCUGUCAUGGUGAACGACGCCCUUCUUUCAUCUCAUCCAAUCAUUGUGAACGUGUCGACACCUGCAGAGAUCACAUCUGUGUUUGACGCAAUCUCAUACAGCAAGGGAGCGUCCAUCCUCAGGAUGUUGGAAGACUGGAUGGGCAAAGACCAAUUCAAGGAAGGCUGUCGGAAAUAUCUCAAGGACUACUACUUCAAGAACGCCAAAACCUCCAACUUCUGGGCGUCUCUGGCCAACGUGGUUUAUGUGGCGGAGGUUAGUCCGGUCCUGAGGGUCCAGGUGGUUUAUGUGGAGGAGGUUAGUCCGGUCCUGAGGGUCCAGGUGGUUUAUGUGGAGGAGGUUAGUCCGGUCCUGAGGGUCCAGGUGGUUUAUGUGGCGGAGGUUAGUCCGGUCCUGAGGGUCCAGGUGGUUUAUGUGGAGGAGGUUAGUCCGGUCCUGAGGGUCCAGGUGGUUUAUGUGGAGGAGGUUAGUCCGGUCCUGAGGGUCCAGGUGGUUUAUGUGGAGGAGGUUAGUCCGGUCCUGAGGGUCCAGGUGGUUUAUGUGGAGGAGGUUAGUCUGGUCCUGAGGGUCCAGGUGGUUUAUGUGGAGGAGGCCGCUGAUUGGAAGUUGCAGUAUGGUGGAAUGGCCAUACAGAGCGAUGCUGCUGAGGGAUCGGGGGAGCCCAAGCCACCUGCGGAGAAACUGACUGAUGGUCCGUUCCACCCCGACUUGUCUAUUGCUGUGAGCCAUGAUGUCAGCUCAGCCUUGGUAUGCUGGAGUGCGUCUGAGUCCCUCAAGGAGCAGUUGAAGACCUUGCCCAGGCUCUUGACAGGUUUUUCCAUCAUCGUUGGAAUUGGUGUCCCUCCUAUGGUAAAGCGGAAAUGGUCGGCCACCCUGCCUUUCUUCAGGACCAGAGACCUGGACUUGGUGGGCUUGAAACUCAUCCUCGCCCAAGAGAUGAGCCGCUCUAGCCCCUGGAGAAGCCAUCUGCAGCCGGGAACAGAGGUUGCCAUCACUGUGAGGUCGUCCAUAAAUGCUCUUAUGGGAGGCUGCCGAGUACCAGAUCUCGACAAGGGGCCUCUACACUCCACCUCAGCUGACUUCACAAUCAUGUUCAUAGCCAGGGAGAAGAGUGGCACUGAAAUAGUGCAGCCGGUUAUAAUACCCUUCUCCAGGCGUUGCCAGGCAGAUGUUAAUGAUCCCGAAGUUACCCUCAGCUGGAAGUUGUUGGUGGGCUCUGCAGUAUUAAACUGCACCCCGGGCUCUGGCGGCUUUACCAGUGCCUCGCAUGGGCCAAGAUCUUGCUCCCUUGUUGGAUCGCUGAAGGUGAUGUUGAGGUGGUGGUUGAUCUCCUCCACAGGACACACCAGGUUACCGCUCUUCUUCUGUCCCAGUAGUCGCUUGGUGAAGCUGAAUGGCUCUUCUGAGUGUGACGAGGUUUCUCCUCGAGAGCUGCCUGAGCUCAGACAAGGCGCCUCUCUCCUCCUCCUUUGCUGCCCUAAACUGGCGUUUCAAGGUCUUCAGUUCCUGCCUCAGCUGACUGAUCUUGAGCUCCCGCCGGUUGGGUCUCACUACCUGACUGCUCACAGGUCUUUCUGUCACCCCAAACCAUUCUGCGCCGAUGGUAGUUAUGAGGGUGCACAUGGCCUGGAGUUUGUGGUCCACAUCGCCCUUCACUGUUGUCUCCAUGAUCUUGUCAAUGUCCACGUCCAGCUGAAGCCACUCCUUGUUGUUGGCGGCAGGCCACUUAACCCGACGCCGUGGAGGACAUUUCCUGGAAACUUUCGGGCAACUUCCUGUUACGAUAAACUUUUAUUCAACUCAUGUUUCCUGUUUGUGCAGGAGUUCGACCCAACUGAUCGUACGAGCUUCAUAGAUGAUGUGUUUGCUCUAUCGCGGGCAGACAUCAUUGAUUAUGGAAACGCCUUCAACAUCACCCAGUAUCUGAGCAAAGAGACCGAGUACAUAGUGUGGGAACGACUGGACUCAUCUACUGCAUAUGUUCAAGACAUGUUAUCUACAAACAAACCUGUGUACGCAAAACUGCAGAAACUGUUUGGAGGUCAAGUUAAAGCAAUCGCAACUCAACUGGGAUGGGACGAUGUUGGAACCCAGACGACCAGGUUACUGAGGGAGACUGUGCUGGGCCUGGCCUGUCAGAUGGGGGACACCCUGGCUCUAAAUGAAGCCUCUCACAUUUUUCAGGACUGGAUCGAUGGAAAACUCAGUCAUGUGGCGGUGAACCUGCGUCUGCUGGUCUACCGUUACGGUAUGAAGAACUCUGGGAACGCGACGGCGUGGAGCGUCAUGUUCCAGAGGUACAUGAACACCAGUCUGGCCCAGGAGAAGGACAAGCUGCUGUACGGACUGGCAUCAGUGGAGAACCAGGACCUCCUGACACAACUUUUGGAGGCCACCAAAGACGAGAGCGUGGUGAGGAGUCAGGAUCUGUUCACCGUGGUCCGAUACGUGUCGUACAACCCAGUGGGGCGGAGCCUGGCCUGGAACUGGACCACACUCAACUGGAACUACCUGGUGGAAAGAUACACCAUCAACGACAGGAACCUGGGAAGACUGUUGAAUCAAAUCACAACCUCCUACAACACUGAGAGUCAACUGAAGAUGAUGGAGGAGUUCUUCAGUUCUACUCCAGACGCUGGUGCAGGUGAAAUGCCCAGGAAACAGGCUCUGGAGACGGUCCGCAACAACAUACAGUGGGUCAGCCGGAACCAGGACGAGAUCAGACUGUGGCUGGACAACAACGUAUCAGAAUGACAUGAGGGUUAGGGGAACCCCAACCCUGACCACAACCCAAACCCUGAUCCUAACCCUGAUCCUAACCCUGAUCCUAACACUAACCCUGAUCCUAACCCUAACCCUGAUCCUAACCCUGAUCCUAACCCUUACCCUUAACCCUUACCCUAACCCUGAU